CAGGAUGAAUUUAUUCCAAGCUUAUCCGAUGCGGAAACAACUUCAUUCAAAAGCCAUGUAGAAACAAUAUUUUUCAAUGGAAAUAGAGAUACUUGUUUAUCAGCUAACGAUACAGAACAAGGUGACAACGUCUUUAACGCUUUUCGUUUAUUGGACCUAAUGCACUCAACUUAUGCGGAAAAGAAAGUCAAGGAAGUACUUGCUGCUUUCGAGAAUCAUACUAAUCUGAUAAUCACCGGCGCAGAAUGUUGUGGAAAGUCCAGCCUUAUCAGUGUAGUCAUGCAAAUAUUAUCCGAUCAAGGCGUUUAUUUUAAACAAUAUAAUUUGAAUCCAAUGAGUCUAGCUGCGAUUCAAGAUGUCAAUUCGUGGAAUGACAAUUCGCUCAGUGAGGUUCUGAAAGCAAUCCUGCAAUCAAAAAAGCAUAAACGAAAAUGUAUUAUAUUCGACGGCCCUUUAAAUGAUAUAUGGCUUGAUACAAUACUAGUCAAUCGUGAUUGCGUAAAAAGCGCCAGCCUCAAUGUUUCCAGCGAAGAAAAUGUUGUAAAAUUAAUCAUUGAAACUGUUGAUUUACAAUGUGCAACACCUGCCUAUAUUGAUAGAUUUUCAAUCAUCAAUGUUAAGAGCCAAAAUGUGACAGGCAAACACAUUAUGAGCACAUGGCUGGAGAGAAAAACGUGGCCAACCUUCUACAUCAAGGAUGAGUUGCAAAUUCUAACAGACAAGAGUUUGGAUAUGUUUCUAAAUUUCAUACAUCAAGAAUGUUCAAUAGCUGUAGAGUAUACAGAUGUGACAGUUCUUCACACCUUUUGUGCGUUAUUCGAAAACAUUUUCUUCAAGUGGGACAAACAAAUCUAUGAAAAAGAAGACAUUAUUAGUGAAGCUAUUAGAAAAUUAUUCAUUUUCUGCUGUAUUUGGUCUAUUGGAGGACUCAUGAAUGAAACAGAAAGGUUGAAAUAUGACAUCUUUGUGCGAGAGUUUGUUUCAGAUAGCGCGUCAAGCUUUCCCCUAAAAGGCAACAUCUUCCAGUAUUGUGUAACUUUUAUCGAUGGUGUAUCCAUUUGGGAACUAUGGAGUGUGAAUAGCGUUGACUAUUCGAGGUAAAACAUAUUACUAAAUUUCCCAUUAAAAUUAUAU